UUUGGACGCUAUUCGCGAGUUGCCUAAACACUCUCCGCGGAAUGUGACUUAGUGCCGACAAUAAGUGAAUAGAUCUCCUCGUACUUAUUGAUAAAUAUUAGUCCAAAAUGGCCCUCAUAACAGCGUACUGGCCUCUGGAUGUCAUCAUCGUUUUCACGUCGUUACUAGUGGCCGCUUACAUGUACGUGACCCGGAAAUUCAAUUACUGGAAGAAACGCGGCGUGUUUGAGAUAACGCCGACUCCGUUCUUGGGAAACUUCGGCGACAACUUUCUCCUGAGGAUAAGUUCUGCGGAGUUUGUUAAAUCGUUGUACGACCAGACGAAAGGACUUCCAUAUGCAGGAUUCUACAUCUUCGACAAACCGUAUUUGUUGGUGCGGGAUCCCGAGUUGGUGAAGAAUGUCCUGGUCAAGGACUUCAACGUGUUUUCGAACAGAUACGCAACGCCAGAUGCUAAACAUGACCGACUCGGUUAUUCGAACGUGUUCAUGAUGAAGAAUCCUGCAUGGAAGUUCCUCAGAGGGAAGUUAUCGCCUUUUUUCACUUCGGGAAAGCUGAAGAAAAUGUUUGACCUGAUGCUGGUGAUCGUCGAUGAUUUGGAGAAACACCUCGAAUCAUUACACUUGGAGGGUAAUGGAAAAAUAUUGGAAUUUAAGGAUCUCGCGGCGAACGUAACCACGGACAUGAUCGGCUCUACGGCGUUCGGUCUACGAGUGAACUCGCUGGCUGAUCCGAACAACGCAUUUCGCGCGGCGGGCAGAAAGAUUUUCGACUACAAUUUGAGUCGCGCCUUCAACUUCAUUACAAUAUUCUUCUUCCCUCACUGGGUCGACUACAUUCAUCCGACAGUUUUCGGCAAAGAGACGACCGAUUUCUUACGACGAACCUUUUGGGACGUGAUCAAUCACCGAUCACAGACUGGGGAUAAGAGAAACGAUCUCAUCGAUAUGUUGAUAGAGCUCAAAGAAAAACACAAAGGCGAAGAUAUAGACGGAUUCAAAUUCGAAGGUGACGAUUUAUUGGCGCAAGCGGCUGUGUUCUACAGCGCUGGUUUCGAAACGUCAUCCACUACCACAGCUUUCACGCUGUACGAAUUAGCUUUGAAUCCCGAGAUUCAGAAGACUCUUAGAAAGGAGAUUCAUGAAGCCCUUGAGAAGACUGAGGGCAAAAUUACUUACGAAAUGGUUACGACGUUACCGUAUCUCGACAUGGUAGUAUCUGAAACCCUUCGCAAAUACCCGCCUCUAGGAUUCUUAGACAGAGUCGCCGGAGCUGAUUACAAGGUACCCAAUUCCGACUUGGUAAUAGAGAAAGGUACACCGAUAUACAUUUCCAUGGUCGGCAUGCACUACGAUCCGGAGUAUUUCCCGGAACCAGAAAAGUACGACCCCCUAAGGUUCAGUGAUGAGGCAAAAAAGUCCAGACCCCCAUUCACCUACUUUCCCUUCGGCGAAGGUCCUCACAUCUGCAUUGGCAUGCGGUUGGGAUUAAUACAAACGAAGCUCGCGGUCAUUCAAUUCCUGAAAGACCACGAAUUCUCGGUCUGCGAGAAAACGCCCAUCCCGAUGGUCCUGGAUCCUAAAGGACUCACAACGACGUCCAAGGGAGGAAUGUAUCUGAACGUUCGAAAAACGACCACCGCAGGCGGAUAAAUCAUAAACCAUGGAAUCAUAAAUCAUGGAUUCUACUGAUUUUAUUUUACUUGUGAUAUUUCGAUAUUUACCUUAUUUUAAUACGAUUCAUUAUCUUCUGUAGAGAACCGGAAGUCUGAACAGUCCGAAAUGUGUGAUUAUAUUUUUUUCAGCGGGUUUCGAAAGCUCAA